AUGGUCUCCCGAUUAAUAUUUCGCGCCAAGCAAUUCUAUGACGAGCUCGAAGACAACGACACCUGCCCUCGCUUCAUCUCCAAUACCGCCAGCCCGUAUAAUGAUAUCCUGCAUCGCGGGUCUUUAAACUCCGAAAGCUGUUGCUUCGAUGUACUCAGUGACAAUUGGGCUUCCCAUUACUAUAUUGUCCGGUUCAAGGGACCUGAAGGUGUUGCGAUAUCCCGCAGAGACUUCUGCAAGGCAUGGGCCCUUUCUCGUCGGAAAGUCGCUUUUUUAGGUGGCCUCAAAUCAUCAAUACAAGACUGGGGUCUUGAGCAGGAAUACACAGAAGAUUUAGGGACCAUCUCUGAGCUGCUCCGUAAAUACGAAGCCUAUUGGGACGAACUCAGCUUUGUCAUGAAGCAUAUCAGUUCCUGGGAACGGAUUGGUUAUCUGCCCUUUGCCCACCCCCGUCUCCCACCCAACUACAAAUUCCUCAUAACCAACCCCGGUAAACCUCUCUCUCGUAGAUGGAUGCUCAAAGGCAUGGGCUAUUGGGCUUGGGCUCCGCUCGACGCUCAUUAUGACUGUGAAUCACCUUUCAGUUCGCUAUACAUCUUUUACGUCAAGAAGAUACUGGAAUUACACGAAGAAGAAGGUUUCGAGGAUCGGUGGUUUGCGAUGUGGGAUAAGUGGGGGCCGGAUCCGGUUGAGUACGAGCUGUAUCGGUUUCCGGGGGAUGUCCCUAUCAGUGAGAGCGAGUUGCAGUUGAGGAAGAAGAGUCAUGGGAAGAAGCUCGGGGAUCUAUCAUCGGAGCCAUGA